CGCACUGCUUGCUCCAGCUUCAGUCCCAAGGCCGCCCCAGUCCUCGUCUCCGGAAUCCGAGCUCAAGUUGCUGCGCAGGUUUCGGUCAGUGACUGCAUUCUGCCGUCCUCGUCCCCUGCGCACUCCGAGCGUGACUCUGCACCGCACACAGUACAUGCACCGCGCAGAGCAUGUCGGCACUCGGCACUCGGCACUCGGCACUCGUCCAUAGCAGGCCGUAUACCCUCAUUUGUCGCACCGACGCCGUCGCACCAACACCGUCGCACCAACACCGUCGCACCAACGCCUCAAAAAGGAAGCACACGAAUGCAGGCGGCCAGGGCGAGCAAGCGAUCAAGUUGUCCGCACGGUCAAGACCAUACGCAACUGCGAGCAAUCCCACCCACAUCCUCACCGUGCUCAGCCCGACAAACGCCAUCAUUUCUCGACCUACAUGCCCAUUCUCACCAGACAGGCCGACUACGCCGCAAACCAAUCCCAUUCGGUGAGUACAUGACAUCUACCGAGCCUUAUCCAUAAUAUCCCUUGCGUUCGUCCCCUCCGAUCUCUGCCCUCCAACACACACCAUCCGCUUACCUUUCCCCCUCACCCCAACCGACUUUGACAACACCUCACCGCCGUCCCAAACGUCCCACCAACACCAGCCCGUCGCCGUCUACACCCUCCUCAUCGACUUGUCCGCACGGUCAACGCCCGUCGCGGUCAACGCCCGUCGCGGUCAAUGCCCGUCGCGGUCAACGCCCGUCGCGGUCAACGCCCGUCGCGGUCCAUGAGUUGGCCGAAGCUGCCAUGUCGACCAUCACCGAGCAGGACAGCACAAACGCCCUCAACAGAACCACAGCACACGCCAGACAACCGGGCAGGAACAGCUCAGCGAGCCUGCACAACCAGCCUAUGCUCCGCCCCCCUCUUAUACACCCGUCCGGCUCGGCUGAUCUCUCCCAACCCGCUUCGUACGUCCUCCCUCGCAACCCGUCCGUCCCAUCUCGAUCCGUCUCGUCUCGUCUCGCCCCGUCUCUCUGCGAUCGCCGCCGCUUACGCACGGACGCACGCCAAGCGCGUGCUCCCCAUCGUCCGGCACCACCCUGUGCCCCAAACGCACACGCUCGCCCAAGCCGCCCGCCGUCUCUCGCACCGGCGGCCAUUCGACGGCGACCUCCCAGUCGCCCGGCCAUCCUAAGCGCGAACCGCGCUCGCCCUCUCCCCACCGUCCUUCGACCCUGUACUUUGGACGUACGCAAGUCGGCUCGAACGGGCCCGAACAGCGCACGCGGAGACCGUUCCGCGACGUGCGACGUAAGAGCCCCACCCAAGCAUGACGCGGGCGAGCCGAACCAUGACGGAAUACGCAGCGCAUCCC